AUGGCCAAAGUCAGCAGCAAACAACCGCCCCCCCUCGGCCAAAGUACCACGAUCGCUCACGCUCCUCACUCAGCCGUCUCGUCCUCGCGGCGCAAGAGCAGAGCCGCUCACUUCAAGGCUCCCUCCAGCCAGCGCCGCGUCAUCAUGAGCGCCCCCCUCAGCAAGGAGCUGCGCGAGAAGUACAACGUUGGUCUCUCUCUCUCUCAAACGAACAAUCCGCCAAGCAAGCGCAGCCGUGCUAACUUGACCCCCUCCCCCUCCCCCCCCCUUCAGGUCCGCAGCAUCCCCGUCCGCAAAGACGACGAGGUCACCAUCGUCCGCGGCACCAACAAAGGCCGCGAGGGCAAGGUCACGUCCGUCUACCGCCUCAAAUACGUCAUCCACGUCGAGCGCGUCACCCGCGACAAGGCCUCGGGCCAGUCCGUCCCCCUCGGCAUCCACCCCUCCAACGUGGUCAUCACCAAGCUCAAGCUCGACAAGGACCGCGAGGAUAUCCUGGCCCGCUCCAAGGUCGGCCGUGAGCUGCGCGCCAAUAACGUCGUCUCCGCCUAG